GCAGAGUGCCCGCAGCGCCGGCCCGAGCGCAGCGCAGCGCAGCGAGGCGCGCAGAGCGCGAGCAGCCCGCGAGUGGACGGGCCCGGCGGCUGGACCGGCGCCGCUGCUGCCCUGCUCGCUCCCCGCCGCCGCCCAUGAGCGCUGCGCGGCGCGGCCCGGGUCUGUAGGCGGCGGGGCGCCCCCCCCAUGCUGCUGCAGCCCGCGCCGUGCGCCCCGAGCGCGGGCUUCCCGCGGCCCCCGGCCGCCCCCGGCGCCAUGCACGGCUCGCAGAAGGACACCACGUUCACCAAGAUCUUCGUGGGCGGCCUGCCCUACCACACCACCGACGCCUCGCUCAGGAAGUACUUCGAGGGCUUCGGGGACAUCGAGGAGGCCGUGGUCAUCACCGACCGCCAGACGGGCAAGUCCCGCGGCUACGGCUUCGUUACUAUGGCCGACCGGGCGGCAGCUGAGAGAGCUUGCAAAGACCCUAAUCCCAACAUCGACGGCCGCAAGGCCAACGUGAACCUGGCAUAUCUGGGCGCCAAGCCGAGGAGCCUCCAGACGGGCUUUGCCAUCGGCGUGCAGCAGCUGCACCCCACCUUGAUCCAGCGGACUUAUGGCCAAGACUCUGGACAUAUACAGUCUCAACGGACCUGCAUUACUUAGAAUUAGAUUGAGUGACAUACUUGGAAAAACAGAAAAUAACAGUGAUUCUUAGGUAGUUACAAGUUAAUUGUUUUCCCCAUGUUAAAAAAAAAAAUCUGAAGCAGGCAGUCCAGAGUUUCAACGACAGCUCCACAGUCAUCAGGAACUCAUGCUCCUUCUAACGUCCCAUUACACUAUUUCAGUGCAUGGCUUCCUUUCUCAAGACCAUCUCAUGGUACAGAGUGGCUGCAGUAGCUCCAGCCAUCAUGUCCAAGUUCCAAGCAGCAAAAGGAAGAAGAGGAAGGUGAAAGGUGUACCUCAAGCUGAGACUUCACUAGGAGACUUCCCAGAAGUUGCACAGCAUGCUCCACUCCCAUCUCACUGUUCAGAACUUAGUCACUUGGCCAUGCCUCCCUAACGGCGAGGGAAGCUAGGUGUUUAGCUGGGCGUAUAGCUACCUGGAUACAGGAAGCCUUCUGUUAUGAAGGAAGAAGGCAGAAUGUCCCUUAUGCAGUAGACAACUUGCAGUUUCUGUCUCGGGCUCUUCCAGCAAUAAUGCUGUGCCUCCAGGAGAAUAAUGGUCAUGUGGGGAUUUGUGAAGACUGUCACUGACUCAGCCUGUGUUCUCUCUCUUCACCUUUACACCAGCCAGCGGAGCUGGGUCUACCAUCAUUCUGUGCCCAUUUCACACAUGGGAAAACCGAGGCUCCGAGUGCUCACGGAACUUGCCUGAGGUCACCUGGCUCCCUGGGGGCCGUUCAGGGAUGACAGCCCAACUUCUUCCUCAUUGAUGUGUUCAAGUUUGGUGAAUAGUCCUCCCAGGGCAUGUCACGCUCGAGGAUCUGAUAUUCUCCUGUGUGCUGGCUCGUUUCCUCAUUGCCAGAACCCUCCCACACGGAGUGGGUUACUCGUCCUUUUUUACAGAAGGGAAGAUUGAGGCUCAGAGGGGCAAGGCGGCAUGGUUGGAAAUGGCUGCUCUAGGCUCAGGUGGGUGUGCCUGGCCCCAAGGUUGUGUUGCUGGCCUCUGCCAUGCGGCCUCUAGGAGCUUGCGAUGGAACAUCUUGGCCAGGGCUCCCGCCGUACCCCUCUGCCCUGCACCCCUCCUCCCAGCGGGCUGUCAUGGCAUGGCGCAAAGGGCCGGAUGCUCGGGCACCUCCAGCUCUGUCACUGCCUGUCCUUGGGUGAUGGCUGGGUCAUGGUUGCAUCACCUGCACAUGGGGUAAUCACCGUGGCCACCGUCCCCGGGCCACGACAGGGAUGGAAGGAGGCCACGCAUGCAGGCCUGGCGUGGGGUAGGCACAGCGUGUGGGUGGCACUCACGGAGCCCCCAGCCCCCAUGCCCACAGGGAAGCUGGGCAAGCGUGGAGUCUGGAGGUGAGAAAACCACCCUAAUUCCUAUGAAACCUGCCCCUGCUUCUCAGCAUCCUGCCUGUGGACGAAGGACCCCUGUUUCUGGUCCAACGAGACAGCCCCCCGCCCAGCGUGUUUUCAUCGCUCAGAGCCCCAGGACUGAUGAGAACUGACAUUUAUUGAACACUUCCUGUGGCUUUGUGUCUCUUCUUUCCCUGAACCCUCCCAGCCUCCUGGGGGAGGUUGACUGUGCCCCAUUCACAGAUGGGAAAACCAAGGCUGGGAAGGCGGGGUGGACGCAGCCACUUGCCCAGGGCCGGAGAGCUGGUGCAUGGCAGAGCCAGGAUUCGGACCCAAGAAUCCCACCUCGGGAGGCCACAAGCCGCCCUGCCCCGAGGCCUGAGCCCGGGUCUUCCACGUCCUCACCCCACAGCCAGCUUGGGUAUGUGGCCCUGCACGCUCCCUGCCCUGGUUGCUGAGUCACACGUGUGUUUGUGCCCCAGAGAUGUAAACACCAAACUGGGAGCCCCUGGGUUGGGGACCAUCCAAACACAGCCGGAAUGACAGGGGCAGAUGCCCAGAGCGCCCUGGGGCUGGGUGUCUGCACAGGGCACGGCGUGGAGUGGGCACCUGGCCCUCCAGAUACCUCCCAGGCCUCCUGCUGGGGCCGAUAAGUGCCCGGCGCUGCUUAUCAGCCCUGCUCCCCUCCUGCUCUACCCGCAGCCUGGAGUAUGCAUCAGGGGGCGCAGCGGGCUGGCCGUCGGUGAUGGGGUGAACCUCCCCAAGCCCGGCCCACCGGACCCCUGAGCUCGUUGCGUCAGAGACAACUGAGUUGUUGUUUCUUUUUGCUUCCGGGUGCCGCCUGCUGGCUUCCCUGCUCCCAUGAUGGGGGCAUUUUUAGAGAAAUUAAAAACAAAGGUAUUUUCUUUUUCUAAAUUAUAAAAUGAACACAGUUGGGGGGAGAAUUCUAAAAUAAACGUAUUACGAUAAUCUGCA